UGUUGGAGACUGCCCCCCCUCUCCCCCCCGCACCGCACCCCCCACCAUGAAGUCGGCUCAUUUCUUUGACUUGAUGGACAAGAUGGAGGACGACUACAUUCCUUAUCCGAGGAUCGAGGAGGUGUUGGAGAGGGGGGUCCCGUACCCUCAGGUGAUCCUACCUGAGUUCGGAGGAUACUGGAUCGAGGACCCCGAGGCUGACCCUCCUCCUCCUCCUCCCACCUCCCUGGAGACCCGAGGGGAGGAGGAGGCGGAGGCGGAGGAGGAGGACACAGCCCCGGGGGAUUAUGGGUACCGGCUGGAGGAGAUCAGCGAGGCAGCGCGGGCGUACAGGAAGCACUUCUUGGGCAGGGAACAUCUGAACUUCUCCUGCUCGUCCAGCGCUGUAGGGAACCUUCUUCUGUCAGUGAGACAUGAGGAGGAGGCGGACCAGGAGAACCUCCAUGUCCUCAUCAGGUCUCGGGUGAAAAGCGUCUACCACAGAUUGUCUCUGUCCGAGCUGCCUGACAUCCCGAGUGUCCCGGAGCUCGCCAAGCUGCUGUGUGACGAAGCAGCAGGACUCCGUUUCUGUCCCGUCCUCUACCCGAAGGCGUCUCAGCUGAUCGUGAACUACGACGAGCACGAAGUCAACAACACCUUCAAGUUCGGAGUUGUUUACCAGAGGUUUGGACAGGUGUCUGAGGAGGAGCUGUUCAGGAACAACGAGGAAACGCCGGCCUUCACAGAGUUCCUUCAGCUGCUGGGAGACACGGUGGAGCUGCAGGACUUCAAGGGGUUCCGGGGGGGUCUGGAUGUGUCUCACGGUCAGACGGGGUCUCACUCCGUCUACACCGUCCACCGACAGCAGGAGAUCAUGUUCCACGCCUCCACCAAACUGCCCUUCACGGAGGGAGACGCACAGCAGCUCCAGAGGAAACGCCACAUAGGAAACGACAUCGUGGCGGUGGUUUUCCAGGAGGAGGCCACGCCUUUUGUCCCCGACAUGAUCGCCUCCAACUUCCUGCACGCCUUCAUCCUGGUGCAGGUGGAGGAGCCCUGCUCCGACAGCACCGCCUACAAGGUUGCCGUCACAGCACGAGAAGACGUACCUCCGUUUGGCCCGCCCCUCCCUAAUCCAUCUGUUUUUAAGAAGGGUCCAGAGUUCAGAGAGUUUCUUCUCACUAAACUCAUUAACGCAGAGCUGGCCUGCUACAAGAGCGACCGCUUCGCCCGACUGGAGGAGCGUACCCGGGCCGCCCUGCUGGACAGCCUCCAUGACGAGCUGUACAGACGCUCCCAGAGCAUGCUGGGAUUGACGUCAGGUCUAGAAGAGGAGGGGCGGUCUGAGAACGGACACGCCCACGGAGGUCUGCUGGAGUCCAUCAAGAGGGCGAUGCGAGGACGGAGCGUCUCCAUGGAGACCAUGUCGCGGGGCGGGGCAGGUCUGUCCACCAGCCUGAGUGGGGGGGGUCUGGCACACAUCAGCGCUGAGUGUAAUGUGAAAUCUCCUGUGAAGAGACGUUCAGGACUGUUUCCUCGUCUGCUGAGCGUCGACAGCCAAACAGAGAAACACAGCCACAGGAGUCUCCUCAGUGAGCAGAGGAGCUUCGACAACUGCCACCCGACACUGGAGGUGAGGUCAGAGCUGCCGUCCAAUCCCAGCUCUCCAGAGGCGGGGCAACGGGACAGGAUUCACAUGAAGAAGGAGAGCAGUAAGAUUUCCAGAUCGACAUCCAGCACCUGCAGCUUCAGCAUCACCGCCGACGACACUCACCUGCUCGCCAAAGCUGCAACGGUAGAAGGUCAAAGUUCAACUCCGCUCAUCGUGUGUCGCAGCCCCACAGAGUUUAAAAAUAAAAACUCUCCAAGAUCCAACCUCAAGUUCCGUUUCGACAAGUUGAGUCACUCUGCUGCACAGGGGAACUGACCAGCAGGGGAGAAUAACAACGAGGAGGUUGAUGAUGUCACACACUCACUGAGGAUAAAAAGGGAAAACACUUCAACACAUUCGUCUUUCGCUGCAGCAUCUUUUCUGCUCAGAGGGAAUCAGACCUGCAGGGCUGUGCAUGUCAACACACACACACA